CUGCUUUGAGGAGGAGCCAGAGGCUGGGCAUGGGGUGUUUGGUGCCUCACUCUCCCCACUUGUAGGGAACCUCUCUCCAUUCACAGGUAACUGGACUGGAAGACUGGCCAGGGAACAAGGCCAUCCUGUCGCUCCUCCUCCUGCUGCCUAUCUCUUCUCUCCUGUCUCUCUUUCAAGGCAACGUCAGCCGUGCCAGCCUGGCUGCAGAGCAUCUUGACAACUGGAAGCAUCUGCUUGGCCUCCCUGUCUACUCCAGGCCACCCCAUUAGCUGCUCAACCAUCCCUGGCCAUUGGGACCUCUUCUGAUGGCUGUGGCCUCUGCUGCCCCAGGGAGCAUCUCCUCUAAGCAGCUCCUCUUCUCUCUCCUGGUUUUGGUAUUAUUUUGCGAUGCCUGUCAAAAAAUUUCUCUUCAAGUUCCCUCUCAUCUUAAGGCCGAAACUCCUGUAGGCAAAGUGAAUCUGGAAGAGUGCCUCAAGUCACCCAGCCUGAUCCUGUCCAGUGACCCAGCUUUCAGAAUUCUUGAUGACGGCACAAUUUAUACAACUCGCGACCUGCUUUUGCCUUCUGAACCGAAGAGGUUCUCCAUCUUCCUCUCAGACAGUCAGAGACUCCCGCAAAAGGAGAUAGAAGUUGUCCUGUCAGCAAGAGAAACAAAGGUUUUUAGGAAGAGACACACCGAAGACACAGUGCUCAAUCGCAGCAAGAGAAGAUGGGCUCCUAUUCCGUGUUCACUGAUGGAGAACUCAUUAGGCCCAUUUCCACUACACGUUCAGCAGAUCCAAUCUGAUGCUGCCCAGAAUUACACCAUCUUUUACUCCAUUAGUGGACCAGGAGUAGACAAAGAACCUUUCAAUUUAUUCUACAUAGAGAAAGACACUGGGGACAUCUAUUGUACCCGAAGCAUUGACCGUGAGGAGUAUGACCAAUUUUUGGUCUAUGGAUAUGCAACGACGGCUGAUGGCUACGCCCCAGACUACCCUCUCCCCUUGCUGUUCAAGGUUGAAGAUGACAAUGACAACGCCCCAUAUUUUGAAACCAAACUGACAGUUUUUAGUGUGCCUGAAAAUUGCCGAAUUGGAACUUCAGUGGGACAAGUGACUGCCAUAGACAAUGAUGAGCCCGGAACCCUACAUACUCGUCUGAAAUACAAAAUCCUGCAACAAAUCCCGGAUCACCCAAGGCACUUCUCCAUACACCCAGACACCGGUGUGAUUACUACCACCUCCCCUUUACUGGACAGAGAGAAAUGUGAUACUUACAAGCUGGUGAUGGAAGUUCGAGACAUGGGGGGCCAGCCCUUUGGUCUAUUCACUACAGGGACGAUCACAAUCUCACUGGAGGAUGAGAAUGACAACUCGCCAUAUUUCACCCAAACUUCUUAUACUACAGAAGUAGAAGAAAACAGAAUUGACGUUGAGAUUCUAAGAAUGAAGGUGCACGAUCAAGAUUUGCCCAACACUCCUCACUCAAGGGCCGUAUACACAAUUCUCCAAGGCAAUGAAAAUGGGUACUUCAAAAUCACAACCGAUCCGAAUACAAAUGAAGGAGUCUUGUGUGUUGUCAAGCCACUCAACUAUGAAGCCAAUCGUCAGGUCAUUCUGCAAAUUGGUGUCCUUAAUGAAGGUCAGUUCUCUAAAGCUGCCAAUGGACAAACCCCCACAAUGUGCACCACAACUGUCACAGUGAAAAUUAGAGACAGCGACGAGGGCCCCGAGUGCCAGCCACCCGUCAAAAUCAUUCAGAGCAAAGAUGGACUGCCAGCCGGUCAAGAGCUCUUGGGCUACAAAGCCAAGGACCCAGAAACAAGCAGUUCUGAAGGCAUAAGGUAUCAGAAGGUGGGAGAUGAAGAUAACUGGUUUGAAAUUAACGAAAGCACUGGAGACUUGAAAACCCUAAAAGUACUAGACAGAGAGUCAAAGUUUGUGAAAAACAACCAAUACAAUAUUUCAGUAGUGGCGAUGGACGCAAUUGGCCGGUCCUGCACAGGAACACUGGUAGUUCUUCUGGAGGAUUUUAAUGACCACGCACCUCAGAUUGACAGAGACCUGACCAUUUGUCAGCAGGAUAAGGACUAUGCUAUUCUGGAACCAAUUGACCUGGAUGGACCUGACAAUGGCCCUCCUUUUCAGUUCCUUUUGGAUAAUUCUGCCAGCAAACUUUGGACUCUGGAACCACAAGAUGGUAAACGUGCCAUUCUUCGUCAACGACACAAUCUCAAUUAUAACUACUAUUCUGUGCCAAUCCAAAUACAAGAUAGACAUGGUUUCUCAUCAAAACAUAUGUUAUCAGUGAGAGUAUGUGACUGUACAGUUCAGUCCGAAUGCAGAAUGAGUUCUAAGGAGGAAAGGGAUGCUAAACCAAAUGUAGUCCUUGGGAAAUGGGCCAUUCUCGCCAUGGUCCUUGGCUCUGCAUUGCUACUGUGUAUUCUGUUUACAUGCUUUUGUGUGACAACUACUACUAAGAGAACAGUAAAGAAAUGCUUCCCAGAUGAUGUAGCCCAGCAAAAUUUAAUUGUAUCAAACACCGAAGGACCAGGAGAGGAAGUGACGGAGGCAAAUAUUAGACUCCCGACACAGGCAUCUAACAUCUGUGAAACAAGCACAUCUGUUGGGAAUCUUGGUGGCCAAGGAAUCAAGACACAGCAAAGCUUUGAGAUGGUAAAAGGAGGCUAUACUUUGGAGUCCAAUAAAGGAGGUGGUCAUCACACAUUGGAGUCCAGCAAGGGAGGCGUUCUGGGAGCAGCAGACACUGGCCGAUACACAUACACAGACUGGCAAAGUUUCACUCAACCCCGGCUUGGUGAGAAGGUGUAUCUGUGCGGACAAGAUGAGGAACACAAGCAUUGCGAAGACUACGUUCGUUCGUAUAACUAUGAAGGCAAAGGCUCCAUGGCUGGCUCUGUCGGCUGUUGCAGUGAUCGGCAGGAGGAGGAAGGGCUGGAGUUUUUAGAUCACUUGGAACCAAAAUUUAGGACAUUAGCAAAGACAUGUGUGCAGAAAUAAAUGUCUGGUUAAUAGAGAGACACCUGCAAAUGAAUAUAGAGGCAUCACAGGAUGUAAAAGGAUAGCAGCUUGUACUAGUGAAUUUGCUUAUUGAAGGUGAAGUCAUUUGUAGAUAAGGGUGCUUUCCCAAUCACAGCUCUCCAAAUUCUCCUUGUCUCCUGAACUUCCGUGUUGUCUAGACAGGAAGCUGUCAGUGUUCCUUUUCUUUCAGUGCAUGUAUACAUUGCCCUCUCAGGCCUGGACGGUGUCUGCCACUGAAACUGGUCAUUUUUGAAACUUGAGCUUUUGCACACUAUGAAAGUCUCCACGGUGCAGUUGGGUAUUGUGGAAGCUUAAAACAUGAAUCUGCUUUGUGUAUAUACAAAUUAAACAUUUUCUUCAAAUAUGGGAGGGGGAGAAUUCUGCUUCUAAAAUACUUUUUUUCAGGCCAAGAUAUUGUUUUCUCUCUCCCCGAGUAGCUUCAAAUAGAUUUUUCAGUAUUGCUAGGUGUAGCCUUUCGUGUGUCUAAACAAGCUUGAUUCUUGGUACACUUUUCACUCCUCUGAGGAGUGAAGGCUUCACCCAGAAGCCUUCAAAGCUUAGUCCUCGGAUCUCUGCCCAUGCGGCUGUGUUACCAUCAGACUCCUGGAGCUUCUGUUGGAAUGACACAGGUCAGAACAUUAGGCUCACAGAGAUUGGCUAUGGAUCCAUGAAAACACUGGAAUCCUGAUCUCCAUAGGCUGUCUUAGGCUUACAGAUAUAUUUUGCUUGUCCAACAUAAUGUGGCAUUACUUUACAUUUACAGAUAUAUACAUAUAUAUAUGUAUACAUGUAUAUAUCUGAUAUAUAUAUAUAUAUAUAUAUAUAUAUAUACAUAUAUAUAUGCUUCUUAACUUGAUACUCAUUCACUGUUUCAGUGGCUUUCAACUGGUCUUUGUCUUCAAGCCUUUUUCCAAACACCCUUAAAGCUGUAACUGGCACAAGGUUUAUCACUUUCCGUGUGUCAACACUGAGUUAAUGUCCAUACUGGAACUUGAUACUCAGUCUACCUUGGUAAUUACUCAAAGAAAAGCUGGAAGACCAGAAAUAAUUUUGGGUAGAUAUGCAUCAAAAAUUUUGAUUCAUUGCAGCAACACUUGCUAAAUAUUACGGAAUUGUGAAUUCAUAAAUAUUUUAAUGUGAGUAAAAAAAGAAGAUACAAUAUUUUAAUGUUUAAUCUAUAAAGAACUAUAUAUUAAAAUGACAUUUUAUUAGUUGUUUGUGGGAAACUACAGAUAUGUGUCAAGUUACAUCUCAUGGAAACUUUACAUUUAAACUAAACUGACUUUCUUAAUCCAUUAUUUUCCAUCUAUUGGCAAAACAGAUUUCUGUUUCACCUAGGUUUUGUAACUAGUCCUAUUGUCUCAGUCAGAAAAGUUGUUUUUUUAUUGUGAAAUUGGAUACAGGAAUAAAAUGAAAUAUGGAUUUAAUAAGCCAGAUUUGAUUUUGUAAAUUUCCCAUAAUAUAUUAUUUUUACGGUCAUUGUAAGAUAAUUUGGGGUGGUGAUAUUAUUUUUACUUUUGGAAGUAAAUGUCACUACGACAAUGUAGAGUUUGACAUUUUAGGAUCUAAUAGUACUAAUUUGGAAAUGCAUGAAAUGCCACAGUAAAUUAUAUUCUAUAGGAUAUUCUAUGAGCAGUUACAAUUAUUAGCUUAGCAAUAACUUAUAAGUGUUGUUUGUCUUAAUCUUACUCUUAUGCUUACUGAAUUAUAGAUGACAAAAUUUAUGCCUAAAUUAAAGAGCACAAUUGAUAUCCAUAGUGGAUCUCAUUCAUCAAGAGAAGGCUCCCCAAGGUUUCAGAAGAGUUAUUAGAAAAUGUGGAAAAUUCAGCCGGGCGUUGGUGGCACACACCUUUUUGAAUCCCAGCACUUGGGAGGCAGAGGCAGGCGGAUCUCUGUGAAUUCGAAGCCAGCCUGGUCUACAGAGUGAGUUCCAGGACAGCCUCCAAAACAAUAUAGAGAAACCCUGUCUCCAAAAACAAAACAAAAACAACAACAACAACAAAAAGACAAUGUGGGAAAUUCAUCUGUAUUAAGAAGUUUUAGCUAUUUUAAAUAUUUUCAAGGCAUUAUUAAAAUUUAUCUCAGAGGAAUUAUAUUUAUUGUUGAAUUUAUUUAGGCAACUCCAAGUAAUAAUGUUUUUGCACCAAAAUUUAAAUAUUGGUUGUAUGAUGAAUUACAACUAUGAAACCCUACCAGAUUGCAAAUUUAGUUUGCUAAUAAAGUACUGUAUUUCAUACAA